GUAUGACCUUCUGCUAUAUAAAUAUAUAUCGGAAGGGUGAAGAGUCAGAGUUCGUCGGAAAACAGGAACCCAAUGAUUCCCAUAUGCCCAGUAGUGUCCUUCACCUAUGUGCCCAGCCGGCUAGGUGAAGAUGCCAAAAUGGCUACCGGCAACUACUUUGGAUUUACCCAUGGUGCUGCUGCGCAGUACAGUCAGCAGCCGGCCCCGGCGGUGGCCUACACGCACCCCACCACGGUGGCGAGCUACACGGUGCACCAGGCUCCGGUGGCAGCUCACACCGUAGCCGCCGCCUACGCCCCCACUGCCGCCACUGUGGCCGUCGCCCGACCGGCGCCCGUCGCCGUGGCAGCGGCCGCUAACGCCGUCACCGCCUACGGAGGCUACCAGCCUGCCCACGCCGCCACCGAAUACGGCUACGCGCAGAGACAGCCUGAGGUCCCGCCCCCUCCCCCGCCCGUCACCUCUCAGAACUACCAGGACUCGUAUUCAUUCGUGCGCUCUGGCGCCCCCGCUGUUGCGUAUGACAGUAAGCAGUACUACCAGCAGCCCUCGGCUACAGCAGCAGCGGUAGCGGCAGCCACAGCUCAGCCGCAGCCCAGCGUGGCCGAGUCCUACUACCAGUCCGGCACGAUGAGCACCUCCUGGGAGACCACGUGGAAGAAGACCAUCCAAGCCCCUAAGACGGUGUACACUCCGGCUGCCAGCGCACAAUACUCGCAGGCGCAGCAGACCCGCCAGGUUACCGCCAUCAAGCCCGCGGCUGCCAGCCCCGCCACCUCCACCUUCUCCAUCUACCCCGUCUCCUCCAGCGUGCAGCCGGUCGCCGCGGCAGCAGCGGCCUCCGUGGUGCCCGCCUACUCCCAGAGCCCCACCUACAGCACCAACGCCGUCACGUACUCCGGGACGUCGUACUCUGGCUACGAGGCGGCCGUGUACUCCGCCGCCUCCUCAUACUACCAGCAGCAGCAGCAGCAGAAGCAGGCCGUGGCCGCUGCAGCAGCGACCGCAGCGUGGACCGGCAGCACCUUCGCCAAGAAGCCCCCCUUCCAGAACAAGCAGCUCAAGCCCAAACAGCCCCCCAAGCCCCCCCAGAUCCACUACUGCGACGUGUGCAAGAUCAGCUGCGCCGGGCCCCAGACCUAUAAGGAGCACCUGGAGGGGCAGAAGCAUAAGAAGAAGGAGGCGGCUCUGAAGGUGUCUCAGGGCAGCAGUGUUGGCGGGGCUGGGGGUGCAAGCUCUGCCCGCGGAACCCAGAACCAGCUGCGCUGUGAGCUCUGUGACGUGUCCUGCACCGGGGCCGACGCCUACGCUGCUCACAUCCGCGGGGCCAAACACCAGAAGGUGGUGAAACUGCACACUAAAUUGGGGAAGCCAAUCCCGUCCACCGAACCCAGUGUCGUCACCCAAACAGCCACACCCUCCAGCACUGCCCCCAACAAAAUGGCCGCCUCAGCAUCCAACAGCGUAGCUGUCGGCAAUGGCCUGGCCACCCAAGCCCCACCCUCUGGCCCCUCCUCCACCACAGCCGCCACCUCUUCCUCCAGCCUGAAGCCAAUCAGCCUCCUCAACAGUGUCGGGGGCGUGGCUGCCAAGAGCCCCGCCCCCCUCGGCGUCCCCUCAGCCAUCAAGAAGGUCAACACCCCGAAGAUCAACUUUGUCGGAGGAAGCAAGCUGCAGACCACUGGAGCCAAGAUGGACGAGGCGAAGACUGAGACGCCCAAGCCAGUGCAGCCCCUGAUGGCCACCCAGGCCCAGGAGAUAAAGGCCGACUCUGCGGCUGAGUCACUGUCCGCACAGUCUGCCCUGGCUGCACUGCAGAACGAUGUCCAGCCAGUGGGACACGACUAUGUGGAGGAGGUGCGUAACGAUGAAGGAAAAGUGAUCCGGUUUCACUGCAAGCUGUGUGAAUGCAGCUUCAACGAUCCCAACGCCAAAGAGAUGCACCUGAAAGGGAGGAGGCAUCGACUGCAGUACAAGAAAAAGGUGAACCCAGACCUCCAGGUGGAAGUGAAGCCCAGCAUCCGCGCAAGGAAGAUCCAGGAGGAGAAGAUGAGGAAGCAGAUGCAGAAGGAGGAGUACUGGAGGAGGCGCGAAGAGGAGGAGCGCUGGAGGAUGGAGAUGAGACGGUACGAGGAAGACAUGUACUGGAGACGGAUGGAGGAGGAGCAGCACCACUGGGAUGAGCGGCGGAGGAUGCCGGAUGGGGGGUACCCCCAGGGCCCAUCUGGGCCCCCCGGUCUUUUGGGGGUACGGCCUGGCCUGCCCAUUCCCCAGCCUCAGGGGCCUGUGCCCCCACGCCGUCCGGAUUCCUCAGACGACCGCUACGUGAUGACCAAACACGCCGCCAUCUACCCCUCGGAGGACGAGCUCCAGGCCAUCCAGAAGAUCGUGUCCAUCACAGAGCGGGCUCUGAAGCUGGUGUCUGACAUCAUCACGGACCAGGACAAGGACAAGGGCAAGGACGAGGACAAGGACAAGGACAAGGACAAGAAGGACGUCCCGAGGGACAGGGCUCUGAAAGGGGUGAUGAGGGUCGGUGUUCUGGCCAAGGGCCUCCUGCUUCGGGGAGACAAGAAUGUGAACCUGGUCCUCCUCUGCUCUGAAAAACCUACCAAGAGCCUCCUGUCCCGCAUCGUGGAGCACCUGCCCAAGCAGCUCACAAUAGUCACGCCGGAGAAGUACGAGGUCAAGGGUUCUAUCCAGGAGGCGGCCAUCAUCCUGACGUCCUGCGCUGAGACCAAGAUGGAGGUCACCAUUACGCUGACCUCGCCAGCCAUCCGUGAGGAAAACGCACGGGAUGGAGAUAUAACCUUGGUGAAAGACCCAGCGGACGUCUUGGACAGAGUAAAAUGCCUUGAUGCUCUGGCUGCUCUACGCCACGCUAAGUGGUUCCAGGCUAGAGCCAAUGGGCUGCAGUCCUGCGUCAUUAUUAUUCGUAUUCUGCGUGACCUGUGCCAGAGGGUGCCCACUUGGUCUGCUUUUCCCGGCUGGGCCAUGGAGCUGCUGGUGGAGAAGGCCAUCAGCAGUGCGUCUGGACCCCUGAGCCCCGGAGAUGCCCUGCGGAGAGUGUUUGAGUGCAUUUCCUCUGGAAUCCUGCUGCCAGGGGGACCGGGGCUGGUGGACCCAUGCGAGAAGAACCCCACAGACACACUGAGCACCCUGAGGGAGCAGCACAGAGAGGACAUCACAUCCAGCGCACAGUUUGCCUUGAGGCUGCUCGCGUUCCGGCAGAUCCACAAAGUCUUGGGCAUGGACCCGAUGCCACAGAUCAACCCGCGAUUCAACGUGCGCAACACUCGCAAGAGACGACGCGACAACAGUGAUGGAGACGGCGGCUUCGAGGGCGAGGGGAAGAAGGAUAAGAAGGACUACGACAGCUACUAGGGACCGCGGCUUCAUGGCCCGCCAGAAUCUUUUCCCUGUUUUUACUAUUUUCACAAUCUAUUUUUGUGGCCGCUUUCGUGUCGUAGCAUCGGUCUGUCUCAUUCAGUCCCGUUUGGUUACCGCGUCGACCAGACUGCCGCUAAAAAUGGGCAUUACGACAAACGCUAACUGUGUGUGUUGUGUUGUUUUAGCUUCAGGCGAAUCUGACCUGUGGUUCAGAUGGUCACUCACUCUAGCUGAAGCAGCGGUUAUUACCAUAGAUAUUUAAUUCCUAAGCUCUGCAGCGCCUCUGUGGAACAAUAUUAACUUUUUUAUUUUUUAUUUUAUUGUGGAAUGUAAAUUAAUUUCUCUCCGCUGUUAAGCUUAAAAAUAAAAUCAAAGCCACAUGAGGAAUGGUUACAUUACAGUUGUAGAUAUGGUUUAGACAUAAUCAAAUCACUCAGAUCUUUACAAGCAUUUUAUUUUUUAAUUGGUCAAAUUCAGGUUUGGCAAUCUGUAGGCAAUGUGAAGCACACUAUCUCGGGUCAUAGAUUUAUUUUUUUGAGUUGAGUAAUGUUGAGUAGUCUAAUUUUAAUCGCACAAUGACAUGGUGUAUAGCUAGGAUCUUCUUUCAAGGCCGGACUGGAACGGAUCUGUUUAUAUUCGGCUAGUCUGAUCUCAUGUGUUCACAGGUCCGUGGCGUUGUUACAUUUCCGUAAAACUGGUUCCUGAAGUUUGUGUUCGUAGUGCGGUUUAUUUCUAAGCAUAGCAUUAAUAUACAAAUAAACGUAUAUAUAAUCUUGCAAGAGUAUAAAAGUGUAAACUUAUGAUUUAGAAAAAGACUAAAAAGACUUUUGCAUGACAGUGUUCUUUUGUUGUAUUAUGGCUUUUAACGUUUUGAAGGUUUUAUUCACUAAUGGAAGAUUUACUCCUUGACCCUUUACCUCAGUUUGCUACAGCAUAGUACCUUUAAAGAGAUGUAUAGAGAAACUAUAAAGAAGUGUGGGGCCGGGGUGCCCCAUCAGUGUUGUAGUGCGGUUUUCAGUGUAGAACCAACCCUCUGAUGCCUGUCUGUCUCAAUACUGCAUUACAUUGGACAGAAUAAAGACCUUUCCAGAAUUA